ACAGUUGUCCCGUUAUUUGCUGGCCAUCCAGAGUGUGCGAGAGCGCAGAUGCGCCAGUCGCUGGUACAACCCGGGGUCACGUGACUUCCUGCGGCGAGUGACUGCUGCUGCUGCUGCUGCUGCAGUUUCUUGUCGCGAGCGCUCGGUGCACGGUGUGGAAACUCCGAACCACAGCGGCAUGAAGCUGCGCGCAGACACCGCACGAGAAUCGCUGCGCCACCCGUGAACGGUAACCCGGCUCGGUAGAGCAGCGGAUUAACAGCGGGAAGGAUUUAGUUCCAGCGCGUUCCUGAGGAAGAAGUUUGCUCACUGUGUCGGUGGAGGUGAACGGGACACCAGUCGCGAGCAUGGCGGAGAGAAGUGGCCGGUUAAGCUUCCCCGGGAGCGGGGCGCUAAACAGACCGGUGCCUAUGAACCUGUUCGCCACCUGGGAGAUAGACGGAUCCUCUCCUAACUGCAUCCCCAGGUUGUGUAGUCUGACUUUGAAGAAGCUAGUGGUGAUGAAGGAACUUGACAAGGAGCUGAUUUCUGUCGUCAUCGCGGUCAAGAUUCAGGGCUCCAAGCGAAUCCUGCGCUCUCACGAGAUAGUGCUGCCCCCUGCUGGUGGGGUGGAAACUGAUCUCGCUCUCACUUUCUCACUACAGUACCCUCAUUUUCUGAAACGCGAGGGAAAUAAAUUGCAAAUCCUGCUUCAGCGGAGGAAGAGGUACAAAAACCGGACAAUUUUGGGUUACAAGACGUUGGCUGCUGGUUCUAUAGACAUGGCAGAGGUGAUGCAGCAUCCUGCUGAAGGUGGGCAGGUCUUGGCUCUUUGCAGUAAUCAGAAGGAGUUACUGGGUAAAGUUGCUGAGAUUUGGAUCUAUUCCCUGUCCAGUCAGCCCAUAGACCACGAGGAGGCAGCCAUUCUGGGGCAGAAAAUCAAAUGUUCUGAUAAUUACUCAGAAGAAGAGUAUGAAAGCUUCUCAUCGGAGCAGGAGGCCAGUGAUGACGCAGCUCAAGGACAGGAUCUUGAGGAUGACGAGUACGAGAUGAGGAAACCAAAAAAGCAGAGGAGGUCAAUAGUCCGGACGGCAUCGAUCACCAGGCAGCAGAACUUUAAGCAGCGUGUGGUGGCAUUGCUCAAACGGUUCAGAGUUUCUGAUGAGGUGUUAGACUCGGAGCAGGACCCAGCCGAGCCGCCUCCAGAAGUAGAAGAAGACCUGGAUCUGGAGAGUUUAGACUUUGAGAAUCCGAGCGACAGUGGACCGGAUCUGGAUGAUGAUGAAAGUGUUCUCAGCACCCCAAAGCCCAAACUCAAGCCAUAUUUCGAAGGAAUUUCUCUAUCCAGCUCUCAGACAGAAAUUGGCAGCAUUCACAGCGUUAGGAGUCACCGAGAGCCGCCCAGUCCAAUGGAUCCUGAUAAAAUAAGGGCUGUAGGUGGAAAGUUUCAGAUGGAUAAUGAAUCUGAUAAUGUUUCAAUGGGUCAUCCUGAGGUUGUGACCCCGACCACAGAACUGGAGAUGAUGGACAACAUGGACACUUUCAUGGAGAGGUUGCCUCCUACUGGCCGGAUGACCAAAACUGAGUCACUUAUCAUUCCAUCCAACCGGGUGGAGCCAAAGUUGGCAGGGCGACGGGGACGAAGCACAUCACUUAAAGAGAGACAGACCAGUCGACCGCCCAACGAGAGAGCCAAUAGUCUGGACAACGAGCGCUCGUUUGACACACGCUGCCACCUACAGAUUCCACGCAAAACGGUUUAUGACCAGCUGAACCACAUCCUGGUGUCAGACAGCCAUCUCCCCGACAGCAUCAUCCUCAUUAACACCUCAGACUGGCAGGGCCAGUAUGUAUCUGAGGUGUUACAGAAUCACGGUCUUCCUGUUGUGUGUACAUGCACCACGGCUGACAUACAGGCUGCGUUCAGCACCAUCAUCUCUCGCAUACAGAGAUUUUGUAACAGUAACUCAGUCACACCGUCUCCUGUGCGGAUCGGAGUAGCAGGAGCUCAGCAUUACCUGUCUGUCGUUUUGCGUUUGUUUGUGGAUCACCUGACACAUAAAACCCCCGACUGGCUCGGAUACCUGCGAUUCCUUAUCAUCCCUCUUGGGGUUCAUCCAGUGGCUAAAUAUCUGGCCAGUAUAGACUACAGAUAUAACAGCCUGUUCCAAGACUCAGCGUGGAGAGAUCUUUUCCACAAACCAGAAGCACCAACAUCAGCAGUUCAGGACAGUCCAGAUGUGGUUUCCAGGGUAACACAGUACAUGUUGGGAGCAAACGGAGCUCAUCAGCUGCCCAUAGCAGAGGCCAUGCUUACCUAUAAGCAGAAAAGGAAAAAGAGCUUUCAUUUUGAUUUUGCUGUAAGUCCUGAUGAAGACUCCUGUCAGAAAUUCAUUCCUUUUAUUGGGGUGGUGAAAGUGGGGAUUGUUGAACAAACUUCUGCCACUUCUGGUGAUUCAGAUGACGCAGCUCCUGUGGGAUCUUCUCUUCUCUCGUCUACUCCUCCUGCACAGAUCUCACCAUUACUGAAAGAAGUAUCUCCAACGCCUCCGUCUUCUCCUUCUGUGCACAUGUCCAGUUCUCCUGGAGGAGGUCAGGGGGAGCUGAUGGGUCUUCAGGUUGAUUACUGGAUUGCUCCAUCAGAGAGGAAGAAAGAAGUAGAGAAGAGAGACUCCUCUACCAAAAACACGCUCAAGUGCACCUUCCGCUCGCUGCAGGUUAGCCGCCUCCCACUGGGCGGAGCAGAGAUGACACAUCAGCCGACCAUGUCCAUGACUGUUGUCACCAAAGAGAAGAAUAAGAAGGUGAUGUUUCUGCCUAAAAAGACCAAGGAUAAGGAGGCGGAGUCUAAGAGUCAGGUGAUAGAGGGCAUAAGUCGACUCAUCUGCACAGCCAAACACCAGCAGACCAUGCUGAAAGGUGAUCGGCCAAUCAGAAUUCAUCAAAUGUUGAUAGAUGGUGUAGAAUGGAACGAUGUGAAGUUUUUCCAGCUUGCGGCUCAGUGGUCAUCUCACGUCAAACACUUCCCGCUUGCCAUCUUCGGACCCUCCAAAGGGCCUUACUGAACUACAGCCUCACAUCUUCACUCCUCUACGCUACGGCUGCCUUUACACUCAGUGCUGCCUGAUGUUUUUAUUUAAAAUAUCUGCUUUCUCACGGUUUGUGUCUGUGUUUUUUGAUUUCGUUGACAUUUGAUUGUUCUUUUAUGAAAGACUUGAUGCGGUCUUGGCAACAGGGCAUAUUUUUUUGGACUACGUAUGUUAAAACCCUCCAGUGUUUAUAGUGAAAUGACUAAUGAACUGAAUCUUUAAAACUGAUCUAACUCCGUAACUAGUGAGUUUUCGGGUGGUUUUGUGUCAUUCUGCAAAGCUGUAUCCACACACUUCAGCAGCCAGCAAACUUGUGGGAGAACAAACCAGCAAAAAGGGGAGAAAGGAACUGUGCUUUUGUUAUAUUAAAAGGACACAAUCUGGAUUGGAUUUUGCUUCGGAUGGAUUUUCCAGAUGGCUUGGCUUUAUUCUGAAGACAGCUAAAGCGUUUUCUCCAUCUCUCUCGCUCUGUAACCUCAGCGACGUCAGAGACUCUCUCGAAGGUUAAUUGUGUGUUUGUGUUGCAGUCACCACCUCGUCAUAUGUGGUUUACUUUGUAGGUUAGUGUGUGUGUGUGUGUGUGUGUGAGAAUGUAUUCACUGAAGGUACUGAACUCUAAAGCACUUUUAAAACAUUACUAGAUUGGGUUUUUGUUAUAUAAUGCUUCCUGUGGUGCACAGCGCUGUUCACUCCAGCUAAAAACUGCAGCAAAGCUUUGUGGGAACUUUGGAGACAGAAACUGGACUGAGUGUCUGUGUCUACAUUAGACAGACCAGUGUAAAACCUGUGUGCUGCACUCUUUCAAAUCUUUUUUUUCAAUGUAAAUGUUUCCUAGAAUGAAAUGUACGUUGUUUUGUUUGUUGGCUUGUUUGAGGAUGUUUUCUUGUGAGAUGUCCAGUUUCCCCCAGAUGCUGAUUUAGAAUAAUGUGCCUAAAACAUGGAGAAUUUUUAGAGCAGCGAUGUCCAGGUCAUACUUAACCCCAAAAUCAAAAGAAAAGAACUUAAUAUUUUGUUAUAAGGGAAAUGCAGCAUAUUUUUAGGACAUAUUAUUUCAUUUUUAAAUAACAAAAACGUUUUUUUAUAUAUAUUUUUGUUUUUGCAUUGUGAUGACAUUUUAAUAAUUAAAAAUAUUUACACAGCAUGGAUGGUAAUAUUUGUUGUACUACCUUUUGUUUGUUUAAAAAAAAAAAAAAAAAAAAAAAACGUAAUAAAAAAAUUGUUAUUUUAUUAUUCCCACUACUGUAGGUUAUGCAUUAGGUAUCAUGAAAUAAAACGAACAAUAUAUUUAAAUGUUUAUUAGUCUUGGUUAAUUUUCAUAUAUAUAUAUAUAUAUAUAUGUAUAUAUAUAUGUAUAUGUUUUUUUUUUUUCCAAGUUGUAUAAUUUACUAAAUGUAUACUAAUACUAUACUAUUAUAAUUAUACUAAAUUUUAUAAUUUACUAUUUAUAAAUUAGUUGAUGUAUUAUGAAUUACCAGUGAAUAACAAUAUGAUCAUACAGUAUAUUAACAUUAACCUAGAUUAAUAAACAAAAAAAAAUAUUGUUCAUUGCUAGUUCAUGAGACCAAAUGCAUUAACUAACAUUAACAAAUUGAACCUUAUUGGAAAGUGCUGGGAAAAAUCUAAUGAGAAUGCCGUUUGAGAAUAUUGAGCAGCAAACUUAGAAGCAAAACAUCCAUACAUUUUAGUAAUGAGACUCUUAUUUGUCACAAUUCAGAAAAACAUGAAAAAAAUGUUUCUUCUGAUUUUGGGGUGAAAUAUGACCUGUAGAUGUUUCGUGAACACUAAACAAACAAACUACAUACAAAUGUCACUAUAUUUUAUCCUCACUAAAUGUAGCAUAGGAAAGCCUGUGUGCAUACAGUAUACCUGCCUGUAGGUGUAGAUGCUAAUGACUCAGUGUUAUAAAGGUAUUAGACAUGCCUUUUUCAUAAGGCCUUUAGCAAGGCUCUGAACUAUCUCUUAGUCUCUGCUUUGCGAGACGGUGAGAUUGUUUAAUCCUCAUUACUCAUAUAGAGUAGUUUUAAAUCAAAUUAUAUUGUGCCUCACUUGCUCCAUAGAAAGCCAAAAUAUGUCAAAACAAACAAAUCCAUCCCAUAAUUCAACUCACAGACUCGCACUAGUCACGAUUAAUGCAAGCAAGUGGCAAACAUGUGCAACGAUGUCAGUGUUGUUCUUUUUCUGGUGAGCAGAGGUUUUGGUGCAAUUUAAUGGAAAUAUUUCAUGCUUGUCCAGACUGUAAAAGGUUCAUAAUUGAUCAUACACAGUAUGUAAGGAGCUGUGCUGAUGAUGUCAGUUUAUAGUUAAAGCUGUGCUAAAGAACUGUCUGUUUGCUGUUUAAAUGUAUACCUUCCACUAGUGUUAGUUUAGUUUUAUUUUGUCUUUUAUUAAAAAAUAUCAUUUAAAAAACUUUUAGCUUUUUAAUUUAAAAGUUCUGCUCCAGUUAUGGGGGAUUACUCAGAAAAAUGUGUAUUUGUAAGAAAAACUGUUGAAAAAAUACUACCACUGUAAUUCCUUACUGGAAUUUAAUAAAACUACACACACUAAGA